AAAGAUGGCAGCGCCCGUGAAAUGUUGUUCUCUCUGUUUUGCCGGUGUGAGGAAAGGUCUAAUUCAGACACUGUUUUUGAAGCAGUUCAAUAGACAAUUAAGUGAAACUAGUACUGGACAGCAGGCUGCAAGAACUCCAGGGACAAAUACAAGCAGAGGACUCCCUAAGAAAUGGCCAAUUCCUGGAGUCAAACAGGUCAUCCUUGUUGCUUCUGGAAAGGGAGGGGUUGGCAAAUCUACCACAGCAGUAAAUCUCGCCUUGGGUAUUGGAGCUGUGGAAAGGUCAGCUAUGGUUGGUCUUCUUGAUGCGGAUGUUUAUGGACCGUCCAUCCCACGGAUGAUGAACCUCAGCGGUCAGCAGCCAGAACUUACCAAAAACAAUUUGAUGAAGCCUCUUCAAAACUUUGGCAUUUCAUGUAUGUCUAUCGGUUUCCUCACCGAUGAAAAGGCGCCUGUAGUCUGGAGAGGACUGAUGGUCAUGUCUGCCAUUCAGAGACUUAUACGACAGGUUGCCUGGGGUCCCCUUGACUAUCUGGUAGUGGACAUGCCCCCUGGUACAGGAGAUGCGCAGUUGUCCAUGUCUCAGCUCAUUCCAAUAUCAGGUGCAGUGAUCGUGUCCACUCCACAAGACAUAGCAUUACUGGAUGCCAGGAAGGGGACAGAAAUGUUCAGAAAAGUAGAUGUGCCUGUGUUGGGUCUUGUCCAGAACAUGAGUGUCUUUCACUGCCCGAACUGUGGGCACCAGAGUCACAUAUUUGGCCAGGAUGGAGCACAGGUGGUCGCCGAGGAGCUGGGACUUGAAAUAUUAGGCGAUAUUCCAUUGCACAUCGGUAUCAGGGAAACAUCAGAUGAGGGACGUCCCAUCGUGGUGUCUUGCCCUGAGAGUCCCCAGGCCUUAGCCUACAGGCAGCUGGCAGAGAGAGUCCUGGACAGAUUACCCAACUACGAAGACCCUUUGCCACCCAGGUGACGCCCCAACUGUAGUAUGUGCUUUUAAACCAUUCAUGUCAUUAGCAGAUAUUUUCGUGAUCAACUGCUUUGACCUAGGCAAAAUUUGCCCAUCAUGCCACACAACUUGUGUCAAGUUGAAUACAGCUGUUGCCAAUGGCCAUUUGGCUCAUCGUACGUCUCAAUCAAUACAAGCGACUCACAAUAGUGCGCCUCCAAGAGUUUGAAACGCCUUGGCCAAUCACAACACGCAAAAUUUGUCGACCCUUUCCAAA